AUGUCCGUUCCUAAACCAGAACGUAGGCGGAGACGACUGCUUGAUGAAGGAGAAGAUGCAGGCGCUGAAACCCCGGCAGUUGUGGCAAGAUCUUCAGAAUGUGAAUCUGAAGAUGAAGGGCCUGUCGUAGAAAACUCUGAAUGUGAAAGUGCUGUGGAUGACAGUGCUGAUCAAGAGGAUGAAACAGAGGAAGGAAGUGAGACAGAAACAGAGGAAGGUUCUGAAACUGAGGAAUCUGGCUCAGAAACAGAGGGAUAUACAGAUGAAGAAGGGUUAAAUGAAGAGCGUCAGAGCGGGGAUGGAGAGGAACAGCCAGAAAAUGAUAAGCCAGAUGAUGAUGAAGAUAAGAAAAAUCCUGCCUAUGUCCCUCGGAAGGGUGCCUUCUAUGAGCAUGACUACCGCCGCGGAGAUGAGGUGCCUGAAGCAGAAGUUACAGAAGAGCUCAAGCCCAAAAAGAAGCUCUGGCAAGACGAAGGAAAGUGGUCUCAUGAUAGAUAUAUUGAUGUUUUGCAAGCUCCCAAGUCACGAGAGGAGUUGAUUGAAAUUUAUGGUUAUGAUAUCAGAAUAGCUGACAGGCCACCAGAGGCGCCACCCAGAAGCUUGCGAAGGCCCAAGGGACCAAGGCAGCCUAAUUUCAAGGACUUUAUACCUCGAAUGGCUGUGAUUGACACCACAGAAGGUGGCCAUGAUUCUGUGCCGAACCUGGGUGAUGAUGAUUUUAUCCAGUACAGUCACCCUGGUAGUAGAACCCCUCACAGGAAUAGGGGUCCAGGCACAGACUCCAGGAGAGGGGGGAGGGCAGCCGUGGUAGGAGGAAUUACCAGAAGUUGGAGAAAGGAAGCUGCUAAUGAUAACAGUCAGGAUAAUGGCAAGAUUGAUUCUGAGGGGACUCCGAAAUUGUAUCACGGCGAAACCGAUGGGGUUGGUUACAGAAACAGUAAUCAGGAAAGAUUCCAGCAGUCGCAGGACAUUCGCAGAAUGGAUGACAGCAGGGGGAAGAGUCGGCCACAGUAUGGCUUCAGAGAGGAUAGGAGAGACAAUUUCAGUCACCCUAGGAGGAGAGAUGGUAAUUUCAACAGCCAAGGCCAGGUAGAGAAUUGGAGGUCAGUACAGAAUGACUACAAGGAUGCUCCUAGUAGGGCCAAUGAUUUUGUUAGAAAUAAUCGUGGUGGGUAUAAUGAAUUUGGUAAUAAUCGCAAAAGACCGCAGCUGCCGAUAACUGGAGGAAAUAUAGGUCAAGGGGUGGGUAACUCUGGUGAUUCCGGUUACUAUGGUAAUAAUACAUUUAGUGGGAAGGGAUUUGAACAAACCCCGUAUCACCAACAGCAAGCAGAAGCGCCUGGAACUGCUAGCAAAGAAGCCAAGGAGUACACAAAUUCUUCGUAUAAAAAUCCUGAGAUUAAUUCAAAGGCAAAAGGUGUGGCCAGUUUCCCCGCUGCUUCCGUGACAGACAGCAAUGCCGGUGAUAACAGCGUGUCUGCAAACAGCAGCAACAGCCUGGUCAUCUCCAACAAGGAGAAUGUGCAGACGAUCAACGUGACCAUCACCAGCACCACCACUGAGAAAAAAUCCUACGCCAAAGAGCGCAGGGCCAAAGGCAUCUCUCGGCCAGUGGAUGGGGCUGUGCUGGUUGCAGCUGGAGCCGAGCCUCAAGCUGUUCCAGUGGCUCCCGUUUCCAGCAGCCACUACCAGAACUUGUCUCCUGCAGGAGUCCGCCACAUGGAUUUAACAUCUCCACCUCUUUCAGCUGAAGCUAACCACUAUUCACCUAUGAGACAACAAGGCAUGUUUGCAGAACCGCCCCCAGUUAAUGGGGCCAAACUGUACAACCCAGCUCUGCCACCACCCUCAUUCUACCAGAGAGAACACAGUGGACUGCCUCCCACUCAACACCCAACCCAUACUCCCGCAGGAGCUGUCCCAGACCCCGCUCACUUUACUCCCACACUGCUUCCCCCUGCCACAGCGUUGCCGUAUGGCUUGCCAGCAUCUAGUGCAGGGCUUGCGCUCCAACCAACAGCAGCAGGUAUUCCCCCAAACCCAGCAUUGUUCCAAGCCUCCUCUGGACCUCCUGCAGCCAGCUCCAUUGCUCCACCUGCUGCAGUAAUAGCUGCCCCAUUUCUUCCAACUGGAAUGAUAUAUGCAGGAGGUACUAGAGUGCCCCCACCUGGGGCCCCGGCUGGUUUUCCUCUGACACUGGCAUACACAACUCCCCCUCCUCAAGGAACGGUGCCAGCUGCUGUUGUGGGCAGUCAGCCCCCACCACAAGCUGCGGCCCCUGGCCAGCACACGAAAAUCUAUCGCGGAGACAUCACCUACUAUGCACCAGAAUUACAACAGCCAGCAAGGACAACGCAGAAACGACCCAAGGCUGCCAUACCUAUCAUAAACCCACAGAAUGCUCCUGCAGCAUACCCUUUGGGUAAAACAGAUGUUGCAACUCCACAGGCAAAGUUGACGCCUCCAGUUAACCAUACAGACAGUAUGAAGGCCUCGUCUUCCCUUGAUGGUUCUGAAGUCAAGAAGCUGGCCAUCAAGACUGAAUUAUCACCUGGUGGCCCACCUGUGAAUAGUUCUGCAUCCGGUUCAGCUUCCUUAAGCAAAGUUGGUGAUCAGUCUCUCAGUACAGCCAUGCAGGGCUUCAAGAUCGAAGACAAUUCUGGUAGAGUAGAAAUGAGUGCCUGUGCAUUAGGGAGUUCAGUUGUGAAGCAGGAAUGUGAGAAAUCGGUAGCUGGAAUCGGCGAGUCAUCGAUAGCUUGA